CGUCACUGUGAAAGGAGGGCUGUCUCAGAAAAAAAAAAAAAAUGGAUCUUUACUCCCUAGCCGAAGAAUAAGAAGCAGGAACAUCAUCAAUGUCUCUCCGUUUGGUCGGCGCUCCAUGAAUGUGUCUUAAAUCUUCUCCGGAAUGCAAUUCCCUCACCUGAUGUCACUACCAGUCAUCAAUCGCUUGCCUAAAACCAUUUCCUUGACAUCAUUCAUGUAUAAUAAGUUUGAGUUCAAACAGACUCAGUCAUUGUCCAUAAGCCAACCGAUCAGUUAUAAAGUUUUUCUUUUGAGGAAUGUGCACCUGUCAUUUGGCAUCUGCUUUAAUUCUGCGAGACUUCAUCAUUCUCAUGAUAUGGAUGUUAAGCAAGAAAUUGUUAUGAAGGUAGCAGAUGAUUGUUCCUAUGAUUUUACGGAAGAAGAUAAUGUUGUUAAUGACUCGAAAGAGAUUGAAAGGAGGAGGAAAAUAGGAAUGGCAAACAAAGGGAAAGUGCCUUGGAACAAAGGCAAGAAGCAUAGUGCAGAGAGUCUAGAAAGGAUCAGUCAAAGAACAAAAGAAGCCAUGGCAAAUCCCAAGGUGAGAAAGAAGAUUUCCGAGUCUCCUCGAGCUCCUCACAGUUAUCACACCAAGGUGAAACUUCGAUCUUCACUCAGAAAGGUUUGGCAAAAGCGGUUGAAAGAAAAGAGAUCGAAGGAAAAAAUAUUGGAUUUAUGGUCUGAAAGUAUAUCCAGUGCUGCAAAGAUAGGUGGAAAGGACCAAACGGAACUAGAAUGGGAUAGCUAUGACAAGUUGAAGGAACAAAUAGCUUUAGAGCUGCAUCAGAGAGCAGAAGACCAAAUUAAGGCUAAAGAAAUGGCAAAACUACAAGCAAGAUUCCGCGCAGAGAGAGCAACACGGUCAAAAGAAGAAAGGAUAUCAAAACUUGCUCGAAAAGAGAAAGAGCAAGAAAAUAAAGUAGAGGCAAUCAAGAUAAAGUCUUUCAAGAAUUCGGGAGAAUUCCCUGUUAACCAAGAAGUGAAACUAAAGGAAAGACUAACAAAGAUCCAUAAAAAGAAGUCUACAAAUGGUAAAAUCAGUAAUCAAGAUUAUCGGCCUUGGGAAAAAUUAAACCUUGAUUGUGUAAAGAAAGAAGACGGGCACAGAGAUAUCUCCCUUGCAGAUCAGAUCCAAGCUGCUAAGAGCAGAAGAAUGGAACAUAUGUCCAUGAAAAGACCCACAAUCUCAUCCUUUACUCCCAAAUCCAGAUCCAGAUAGAAAUAUACUCAUUUGUUACUAAGCUCUGUUUCAUAAGGUAAAUUUAUUUGUUAUUCUCUAUCUAUCAUCCAUAUUUUUAAUUUCAUCCUAUUCUCUUGAUGUGUAUAAUUUUUGGUGCUUUGUCUUGUUCAGUCUUUUAAUCCAAAGGAAGAUGAUGAGCCAUAACACCCAAAUGCAGCAAGCCACAUUUUCAUGGUUCUAACCUCUGUAAUCUGUACAGUAGUUGUGCAUUUAUGUGAAGUCAUUCAUUUUCUUCUUAUGAAUUAUAUUAUAUAAAACCAUCUAAUUAAGAAAAAAGGGGAUUUCCC